UGACAUCACUUGAGGACAUUAAUCAGACUUCACACGGCGCCCCCUGGAGACACCAGAGGCCUGAAACGUCUGGAAACGCCUGCUGAGGACGUGCGGUCCUCUUCUUCAUCUCGUCGUGCUGGUGCUGUCCUGCAUUACUGCCACCAAGACAUCAGCCAAGUGUCUGCAUCGAGUCCUGGUCGGGUCGUACGGUUCCCGUGUGGACUCACAGGCUCAGACUGAACGGCAGCUCAGCGUGUGAGGCUGUGAUUGGUCAGCUGGGCUUUGGCCUCGAUGCCCACAAGCUCACAGAUUUUAUAAAUCAGCAUGAACGUCUGAGCCACCUUUCAUCAUGUCAUCCAGCAGCUGGAGACACAUGUCAGGCUGGCCGGCGUGAGCCGAGCCGCUGACGUCCUCCACCCACCAACACCAGACGGCUUCGCGGCGUUGGAGAACCUCCAUGUUGGGCUCUUCCUGUCUGUGGUAACAAAAACGUACGCUGAAAUAAAACGUCCCAGGACCAUCGGCUAUAAAUAAGUUCAUUCACACCUCUGAGCUCUCCCUCCAUCUUUCCCUCCAUCUUUCCCUCCAUCACUCUCUCUGUCCGUCCAGUCAAAUCCCAGUACAGAAAGUUCACUGGGUGGGGGAGGGAGAGAGAGAUGGGUGAGACAGACAGACAGACAGACAGACAGAUGGGGAAUACAGGAGCUGAUUUACUGACAGAUUCACUGGCUGUCCAUGUGUCUCACACACACACUCGUCCACCCUGCGAGGCUGACGGACGCUCACUCGAAGCUCUGAAGGUGCAGCAGAGAUGAACUUGGCUCUGAUCCACGACAGGCUGCACAUCAAGACCUUCUGGGAGAAGAAAAUCAGCUGGCAGAGCGAACAGGCAGAGAGCGAAGAGCAGAGGAUGAAGAGGAGCGCGCUCAGGAAGCUGAGGGCCGAGUGGCUGGUCCGUCUGGAGAACCGAACCAAACACCUGAAGAACUUCAGCGACAGCUACAUGAGGAAGACCAAGACGGAGAAGUCAGCCGAACUGACAUGAGUUCAGGGAUGAGAACGAAGACAAACUGUGUCCUUCUGAUGUCAACGGCAAUAAACUGACUUUCAGACAACCAACCUCCUCUGUCAGCUUCCUGUUUCUGAGAUCUGAACUCUAAUUCUGUUUGUCCCACCAGUCGAUGAGGUUGGGGGUGCA